AGCACUGGCUCUGGAUGACAAUGCUCUAGCGCCCCUGUAGCUGCCCGAAGCCUCAAUCCUCUCCCAUCCAUUGCGCCCCCCUAAGCACGCCGCCCUCUUCUCCGCGCCUCGUUUUCCGACCAAGGCAGCAGCGUCAUCCCGCUUCGCAUUUGAUUCCUCUGCGGAGCCCAUCUUUUCUUCAGCAAGCGCAACGCUCCUGGCCUGCUGGUUGUCAACUUUUCUCUUCCUGGCAUCCACCCCUCCCACUGUGUCCAUUGCGCUGACCCCUCAGCGCAACAUCCGCCGGCAUGAACGUCAUCAAGCUCCAGAGGAAGUUCCCUCAGUUCCAACAGGGCGACAUCUUCUCGCUGACGGACGCCUUCCACAAGCUCGAUGUGGACGACAAGGGCUACAUCGAUGAGGCCACCGCGAUCAAGGCUACCCAGCAGAGCGAGAGGCAACCCUACGAUGUGGUCAGACAGGCCCUCAAAGAGGUCGAGCUCGACUCGUCGAGAAGAGUAGAGCUCGAAGACUACGUCGGCUUGAUCGCCAAGCUCCGCGACUCGUCCCCGGCGCAGCAGCGCAUGAACACUGGCGGCGCAAAGCCUCCCGUCACCCCCGGUGUCGUCUCGCAAAGAACUGGUGGUGCCGCGGGCGGCGCUGUCAGCGGCCACGCCUCAAAGGGCAGCAUCGGCAAGAUCCACGUUCAGGGCUCAAACGCCAACAUCACGCACACGAUCAACGAAGAUGAGCGCACCGAGUUCACCCGCCACAUCAACGCCGUCCUGGCGGGCGACCCGGACAUCGGCGCCCGGCUCCCGUUCCCCACCGACACCUUUGAGAUGUUCGACGAGUGCAAGGACGGUCUCGUCCUAGCCAAGCUCAUCAACGACAGUGUACCCGACACCAUCGAUGAGCGUGUGCUCAACGUUGCGGGCAGGAAGAUCAAGAGCUUGAACGCAUUCCACAUGACUGAGAACAACAACAUUGUCAUCGAAUCGGCAAAGGGUAUCGGCUGUUCCGUGGUUAACAUUGGCAGUGGCGACAUCAUUGAAGUGCGCGAGCAUCUAAUCCUGGGUCUCAUCUGGCAGAUUAUCCGCAGAGGUCUGCUCGGCAAAAUCGACAUCAAGCUCCACCCAGAGCUGUACCGGCUGCUGGAAGACGAUGAGACCCUCGAGCAGUUCCUGCGCCUGCCCCCGGAGCAGAUCCUGCUCAGGUGGUUCAACUACCACCUCAAGGCCGCUGGCUGGAACAGAAAGGUCACCAACUUCUCCAGCGACGUAAAAGAUGGCGAGAACUACACGGUUCUGCUCGCUCAGAUUGGUUCCGAAUACGGCUGCACACGCUCUCCUCUCCAGACCUCCGAUCUCCUGCAACGUGCAGAGCAAGUUUUGGAUAACUCUGACAAGCUGGGCUGCCGCAAGUUCUUGACACCAACCUCGCUAGUCGCCGGAAACCCGAAGCUCAACCUUGCUUUCGUUGCCAACCUGUUCAACACACACCCGUGUCUCGACCCCAUCACGGAGGAAGAGAAGCAGGAAGUGGAGGACUUUGAUGCCGAGGGCGAACGCGAGGCCAGAGUCUUCACCCUGUGGCUCAACUCUCUUGACGUACAGCCGGCCGUUGUCUCCUUCUUCGACGACCUGCGCGACGGUACUCUCCUCCUCCAGGCUUACGACAAGGUCAUCAAGGGUUCCGUCAACUGGAGACAUGUCAACAAGCGCCCUGCUCAUGGCGGUGAAGUGAUGAGAUUCAAGGCUGUGGAGAACACAAACUAUGCUAUCGAGCUAGGCAAGCAGAACGGCUUCUCCCUUGUUGGUAUCCAGGGUGCCGACAUCACGGACGGCCAGAAGACCUUGACGUUGGGACUUGUGUGGCAGUUGAUGAGGAGGGAUAUCACAAUCACUCUUUCUGCUCUCGCACGGAAGCUUGGUAAACGGGAGAUGACCGAUGCCGAGAUGGUCAAGUGGGCCAAUGACAUGUCGCGCAAGGGCGGACGCAACUCGUCGGUCCGCUCGAUGAAGGACCCUGCUCUUGCCUCUGGUGUCUUCUUGCUCGACGUCCUCAAUGGCAUGAAGAGCAGUUACGUCGAUUACGACCUCGUGACGCCGGGCCGUACAGACGACGAGGCCUACCUCAACGCCAAGCUGAGCAUCAGUAUCGCCAGAAAGAUGGGUGCGACCAUCUGGCUGGUACCCGAGGAUAUCUGCGCUGUUCGCAGUAGACUGAUUACUACAUUUAUUGGAAGCUUGAUGGCUACAUCCGAGAAGUUGCAAUGAGCGGUCGAGCUCAAGGCGGCGGACGUCAGAUCUGAGGCUGAAGAGCGAACAGGCACGUCGCGACCUGUGGGAAAUUUCGUGUCUCUAAACAGCUUGAAGCAUUUAUGAAAACAAAAUGAAGAAUUAAAAUAUGAGAUUCGGCGUUGGGGACGAUGCAAAGUGCAUGCAGUGACCACAACUGAAAGGCAAAGGGCAACAUGCUGGAG